AUGUCCAAUAACAUCAAGGUCGUCUGUCGUUUUCGUCCGCCCAACUCGAUCGAGCAGCGCGAGGGAAGCGACAUUGUCGUUGAUUUCAGCCAUGACGGUUCCUUGGUCAAGAUGACUCGUGGGGCCUCCACCUCGGGUCCAGAAGCAGGCGGCUUCGUCUUCGAUCGAGUCUUCCCCAUGAACACCAUGCAGCGAGAUGUCUUUGAGUUCGGCAUUAAGGAGACCGUCGAUGACGUUCUCAACGGCUACAACGGUACCAUCUUCGCCUAUGGUCAGACUGGUUCCGGUAAGACCUUCACCAUGAUGGGUUCUGACAUCGACAAUGAUGACCUCAAGGGUAUCAUCCCACGUAUCACCGAGCAGAUCUUCGAAAACAUCAUGGCCAGUCCACCGCAUCUCGAAUACCUCGUCAAGGUCUCGUACAUGGAAAUCUACAUGGAAAAGAUCCGCGAUCUGCUCGCACCACAGAACGACAACUUGCAGGUGCACGAGGAAAAGAAUCGCGGCGUUUACGUCAAAGGUCUCUCCGACUUCUACGUCGGUGGUCAAGCCGAUGUCUACGAGAUCAUGCGUCAAGGUGGACAAGCUCGUGCCGUCUCUUCCACCAACAUGAACGCCGAGUCCUCUCGUUCACACUCCAUCUUCCUGAUCACCAUCCAGCAGCGUAAUACCGAGACAGGUAGUGUCAAGACCGGUAACCUCUAUCUAGUUGAUUUGGCUGGUUCCGAGAAGGUGGGCAAGACCGGCGCCAGUGGUCAAACGCUCGAGGAAGCCAAGAAGAUCAACAAGAGUCUCUCAGCGCUCGGUAUGGUCAUCAACGCCCUCACAGACGGCAAGUCAUCGCACAUUCCUUACCGUGACUCGAAACUCACACGUAUCCUGCAAGAAUCGCUCGGUGGUAACUCGCGUACUACACUCAUCGUCAACGCCUCGCCAUGUGUCUACAAUGCCGACGAAACACUUUCGACACUCCGAUUCGGUGUACGAGCCAAAAGCAUCAAGAACAAGGCACGAGUCAAUGCAGAACUGUCUCCUGCCGAGCUCAAAGCGUUGCUCAAGAAGGCCAAGGCCGACAACGAGAGAUACCAGCAGUACAUUGCCAACCUCGAGGCAGAGCUCAAAACAUGGCGUUCGGGCGGCAAGCUACCCGAAUCCGAAUGGGCCGAUGCCAGCAAGGUCGUUUUGGGUCAGGGUGCACCUGUCUCCACACCAUCAUUGGCAGCCACUCCCACAAGUCAGUCACGUCCGCUUACACCUGCUGUCGAGAACUUGCGCGAGCUUGCCUUGCGGCCCGAAACACCGUCGGCUGUGUCGAUCGACAAGGACGAGCGCGACGAGUUUUUGCGCAGAGAGAAUGAGCUCAGCGACCAGAUCGCAGAGAAGGAGGUGGCACUCAAGACGGCAGAGACAGCACUGCGCGAGGCUACACAAGAGCUUGCUUUCUAUCGCGAGCAAGAGGCUACGCUCUCCAAGGACAACAAGUCGAUGACCUCCGAGAUCAACGAGAUCAAGCUGCAGCUCGAGCGCGUCACCUACGAGCACAAGGAUGCCACCAUCACCCUCGACAUCCUCAAGGAGCAGAACAAGGAUCUUUCCACCGAGCUCGAAGAGCUUCGUAAGUCGCUUGCCGACACUGCCAAGAGCGUCAGGGACCCUUCGCAGGAGGGCAAGGAGCGCAAGAAGGCCGAGCGCAUGGCCAAGAUGAUGGCCGACUUCAACCAGGGCAUCGUCUCGGAGAAGGAGGAGCAGAUCCGCGACACACUCAGCAAGCUCGAAAAUGCAGGCCCCCGUGUUCUUUCUGCCGACGAUCUCUCUACUCUUCGCGAGCAGCUGCUCGAGUCGCAAAGCUUGGCACGAGAGCAAACCGAACGCGUUCGUCAGGCACACGAAGAGAACGAGCUGCUGCAUCAGCGACGACAAGAGCUCGAGAGCCGCUUCGCUACGCUCGAGGCCGAGUACGAGGAGUUGCUCGACAAGUCGAUCAAGGCGGAAGAGGCCAAUCACGUCAAUGUCGACAUCACCAUUCAGGAUCUCAAGGACAAGCUCGAAUCGCAAUACGCAUCAAAGCGUCAAGCACAAGCGAGCGAAAUCACCGACCUCAAGCGCCAGAUGGAGCUCAAGGCCAAAGAGAUUGCCGUGCUGUCGUCCAACAACGACAACCUCAAGAGCACCAACGAGGAGCUCAAGCGCGCCUUUGCUGUCACCACAGCGGGUGUCAAAGGCGGACGUAACCUGGCCGAGUCAGCACGCGAAUUGGAGCGUGUGCGCAAGACCAUGGCUGCACAGCUGUCCGAGUUUGACACGAUGAAGAAGUCGCUGAUGCGCGAUCUGCAGAACCGAUGCGAAAAGGUGGUCGAGUUGGAGAUCUCGCUCGACGAGUCGCGCGAGCAGUACAACAAUGUGGUGCGCAACAGCAACUCGAAAGCACAGCAGAAGAAGAUGGCGUUCCUUGAACGCAACUUGGAACAGCUCACCAAUGUGCAGAAGCAGUUGGUGGAGCAAAACAGCAGUCUCAAGAAGGAAGUCUCAAUCGCCGAGAGGAAGCUGUUGGCAAGGAACGAACGCAUCCAAGCAUUGGAACAGCACCUUAUGGACAGCCAGGAGAAGCUCAUGCUGCAGAACCGCAAGUUCGAGGAGCAGCUGCAGGCUGUCAAGGAACGCCUGCAUCAGGCCAACCAGAUGCGUGGACCUGCUGCAGCAGGUGCCGCACCAGGGCCCUUGGCCGGCUUUGGGCGUAUCGCCAAACCGUUGCGUGGUGGUGGACCCACAGCAGGUCCUCAGCCCGGCUCUGUCGCCGCGAGACAGGCAGCCUUUGGCAAUGCUGGUGUCGGACCGAACGACAACUCGCCCAAAGCCCGAUCCAGCUGGUUCUUCUCGUCCAAGUAA